AUUACAGUAUAUGUAUAUAAAAUAUUGUAUAAUAUAUAUAUAUGUAUGGAAUUUUCCUUUUAAAAGAUUUAAUUUAAUUUAUUGGGUAAUAUUUUAAUAUCCCCUCAGAUAAUACAAAUAUCUGAGGAUGAACAAACAACUUGAAAUUCCAUAAUGUAUAAACCUUUCUUUUUUUGCCGAACACCUCGAACACCUUUUUUUCUACUAUAAAAUGGUCCAAAAUUUCUUUCUCCCCACCAAAAUAAAAAAAUAAAAAAAUAGGUUCCGAUUUGUCAAAAACUUUUCAAUAUUAUUCUAAAUUCAUAAAUCUCGUUCAAAAUUCAACCAUGAAUCACAAUACUUUACAAAAUAAUCAAAAUAAUUCCACUUUUACUGAAUUCAGUAAUUUGCAGUCUACUGUUAUUCAACCGAUUCAACCAGUACAUUCCUUGAAUAUUAAUUAUAAUGAUGUGAAUGUCAACUCUUCUGACAAUAAUUUCCCAACAUAUUAUACAAACACCCAUUAUUUAGAUCAACAACCCACUUCUAACGAAAAUAUCUCAACUCCAAUUGCCUCCUCGUAUGCUCCGCAGUAUGUUGGACCGCAGCAGACUACUGAAAAUACUCUUCCACUUAAUUUAUUUAACAUGACCAAUGUUAAUCCUUCUCAAUCCCAAAUCCUUAGUUUUGAUAUUCCCGGAUUUAAAAUUAUCGUCAUACCCACUUCUUCUCAACAACAAGAUAACACCUACUUGAAUCAUUCUUCAGAUAUCUCAGAUACUCAAUUCACCCAAUUCCAACAAUAA